UGGGUUGCUGGUACAACUUACAUAAUUAUACCUACAUCUUCAUCCCCAAUCUUUUGCGCUUCCUGGAACGCAGUCAUGGCCGACGAAAAGACUGACGACGCGUUCCCGGACAUAACAAACAAGCUCUCCGCGCCGACAAAGAAGUCGCAAUAUGAAAAGCAGAAGGCCGAAGCCGAAGCAAAGAGACUACGCGAGGAGAAAGAGACGGCAGCAGCACUCAAAGAAUUCAUCAAUGACUAUGGCGGCCCUGGUGAAAGUGAUCCUCAACCGCGCGCCACUAUGGCGGGGAGAGGGCGUGGAGGACUAGGCGCGCGAUUGGGUGACGACGAGCUCGAUCCAAGAGGUGCCGCCAUGGGAGCUAAAAGGCAUCAUGUUCCGAGACCUGGACAGGCCCGAAGUGGACCUGGCAGUUUAGGACCAUCGACAAGUUUUGGGAACAAGAAGAGAACCUUUUGGGAUACGCCAAAAGAAGGCUCUCGGGGAGUCUUACAGCCUGAGCAAUCUAUCUCUGGACCUGUUCAUGUUAGAGCUGCGUUAGAGAGCCACGAGGAUGAUGAAGACCAGGCGGUAGCAACGAAAACGGUAGAGCGCGAGCCUCCGAAGCCCACAAUCCGACUGUCCAACAUUCCGCCCCACACAUCAGAAUCAGAGAUCAAAGAGCUUAUCCCAAAGUCUCUGACCGUCGAGUCAAUACGCACAGAGCGGAGUGGAGAGAGUAGACCAAUGCAGAGAUCGGCGAAAGCAAUGAUUGCGACGUUAGCAAGCAAUACCCCAGACAAGGAUAUCGAAAGUGCCCUCGUCAAGGUUCAAGGUGCAUAUCUCGGAUGGGGAUACAAGCUUGGAGUCUCGAAGCAUUUGUCCACUAACGCUUUGGGAUCCAGCACGGCGCAUGCCCCAGCAUCUACGUUUCUUCCUUUCGGUGCCGCCUCAAGGGCCAGAGAUCCAUCUCCGCCACGUCAAGGUUCUAGAUUUGCUCCUCCACCUGAGGAGAGAAUGGACAGAGGCCCGCAUGGCCGGCAACAAGAAGCUCCCCUUGGUCCACCGGAAGUGCAAGUUGUGGUACCGUCAGACUUCAGAGAGCUUCGUCUCAUCCAUAAAACGUUGGAGAAUAUGAUUAUACAUGGGCCAGAGUUCGAAGCUCUCCUGCGCAAGCAACCACUCAUACAGCGCAACGAAGAAUGGGCAUGGUUCUGGGAUCCCCACAGUGUUGGUGGCGUGUGGUAUCGAUGGCAGCUAAGCAACCUCAUGCGCCAGAUUGAUAUUGACUCCGACUCUGAUGAUGAAUUGCCUUCGAUUGAAUCAAAGGGCGCUAUUGAUCUAUUCGAAGACUCCGAACCUUGGUGUCCGCCUGAGAACGACUUGGCAUUUAUGUCGCCAACCAAAUUCAGUGAGCUCAUCGACGAUGCUGCAUACCAUGAUACCUUGGAGCUGGAAGACGAAGAGCCCAAAAAGCCCGUCGCCGAAAACACCGCACUGUCAUAUCUCAACCCACUCCAAAAAGCACGCCUCAUACACCUCCUUCAGCGCCUCCCUACAUCCACAGGCAAACUCCGCAGGGGUGACAUAGCCCGCAUCACCGAUUUUGCCAUUACCAACGCCAGCGGUGCCCCAGAAGUGGUCGACAUCGUCAUCUCCAACAUCCUGCAACCCUUCGCACUCAGUUGCACCACGCAAAACGACUACGACGAAGAGCAAUAUCCAGGCAUCGACACGUCCAUCGACCCCUCAAACGCCAAGCAAAUCGGCCUGUACGCCGUGUCCGACAUCCUCUUCGCCUCGUCCGCCAGCGUUGCCCGCAACAGCUGGCGCUAUCGCGAGCUCUUCGGCGAUGCCCUGCGCGACCGCCGCAUCUUCGAGACGCUGGGCCGUCUAGGCAAAGACCUUGGCUGGGGCGUCAUGCGGCUGAACAAGUGGAAGCGCAGCAUCACAAACGUGCUCGAGCUAUGGGACUCGAAGAGCGUGUUCCCGCCAGAGGUGCAAAAGCACUUUGAAGCAGCCUUUGAGUCCGUGACAGACAAGGUCAAGAACGACGUCGAUGCCGCAGACGCCGCGGACGAGGACAUCCAGGAUCCAGUCGCGCAGGACCUCGAACCGCCGGACGAUGAUGAUGUUGAUGUCGAUGACGACGACGACGAUCUUGCAGAUGCUCCAUCCUCGGACUCCGACGCACCUCUCGACAUGUCUUCAGAUGAAGAUGAACCCCCAGAAGACGCUGAACACCCAGAACACACCGAACCUCCAGAGCCCGUCGAGGCUUCAUUCGUAGACGACGCCGCCGCUGCCCGCGCCCAGCGCCUCGCCGCGAUGAGAGCAACACUCGAAGCCCUGCCGCCCAGACGAGCACCAUCUUCACCCCCCGAGACUGCAGACAGAAACAUCGGUAUGGAUGGGAGCAUGGACGACAACGCUGCGCCCGAACCCGUACAAUCUGAGCUGCCGUCGCAGCAGGAGCAGCAACAACAGGAGGAGCAGAGUUCGGCACAACCACCACCGCCAACAAGACCUGCAUUCUCAAUGUCUCUAGGUAGUAAACCAGCGAUCAAGAUGUCACUCGGCGCGAAACAGACCGCGGAUGCCGAGACAGAGCCGACCGAGCAGGAGACACAGAAAGAGCAGAAAGAACAGAAAGAACAAGAAGCGCCGACAAAACGCGGGCGACCACGUGCCGCAGAUUUUCUUUGACUGGGGGUUCAGGAUAGGAAUUGCAUUGAAUAGCAUCAGAGGCGCGCGUCAGGGGCGUAUCUCGAAUUCAGCAUAGCGAGGGUCUGGGAGAAAAGGAUUGGCGCAUACGUGGGCCACUGGAUAUCAGGCAUGAAGGCGUGUUGCUAUACUGGUUGUAGCCAUCUGUAUUUAUUAUACAUACGAGGACCGGAAGUAGUGACUUAUGGUCACGCAAAAAUCAAGCAUUUUUUGCGCAUUUUGUAGGUAUGAGCACCGCGUGGGUAACCUUAUCACCUUGUACAGACAGAG